UCGACAUAAAUUUUUUAAGAGUGACCACGCUUUCUAUAAAAAAAAAGUAUGGAAAAAUGUGUUUAUCUGUCAAAAUAACAUAAAUUAUUAAGAUUAUUAAAAUUCUUUUAUGUUUUCUAUCUAUUCUAUCAAUAUUGUUAUAUAAAACAAUAUGAGUUUAUUAAAGGAGAAAAAGUUUACCUGCAGGGUUAGUUCCGUAUUGAACAAAAAUGUGAAAGAAUUCGGUAAACAAUAUAUGUUUGACGAGUCAAAUGAAACUUGUUGGAAUUCUGAUUCUGGAACUCCACAGUGGAUUUUAGUAAAUUUCGAAGAACCUGUAGAUUUAUCGGAAAUAGAAAUAGAAUUUCAAGGUGGAUUUGCCGGUAAGAAAUGUUCCAUUGAAUCUGGAGAAGAUUCUAAAGAUUUAUCAAUUAUCAACGAUUUUUUUCCUGAAGAUACAAAUACCAGGCAACGAUUUCCCUUAACAAAGAGUACAAGAUCUAAAGUAUUUAAAAUAAUUUUUCACAGUAGUACUGAUUUUUUCGGAAGAAUUGUUGUCUAUAAACUUUUAUUUCAUUCCUGAUAACAAAUUUAGUUAAAAAACCAUUUUUUUUACCGCACUAUGUAAAAUAUAUCAUUUUUUAUUUAUAAAAAAUGAAUUUAUUCCUAAUUCACCAAUUUAAAAAUCUUCUUAAAGAUUCGUCACUUUUACUUCAAUC